GGCAAUUACAUCAGAUGGAGGUGGAUGUAGCAGAUGAGAAGCGCCAUUGCACACGCUCAAAAGUUCCCCUGGAGCCAGCCAUACAUGAGUUGUUCAGUGUGUAUGGCUGUCCUGUCGCCAAGAAGAGAAAACCCCUGGAGAGCCAUGCCCUGGAGCCCUCGCCCAAGAGGACGGUCUUUCUAACAGUCAUAGACCAGCCGUCAAUGGAGGAGAUGGAUGAAAAACAGGAGGAGGAGGAGGAACAAGAUGAUGAGGAAAAUGAAGAUGAAGAGGAACCGGAGGAGGAAUAUACUGACAACGAGGACCAAUAUGAACAGGAAGAGGUAGAAGUGAUUAAUGGAGAAGAGGAAGAGGUGGAGCAGGAAGAAGAGGAAGUGGUGGAGGAGGAAGAGGAAGAAGAAGUAGAAAGAGAGUGGGAGGAUGAUGAAGAUGAAGAUGAGGAAGAUGAGCAAGAGGAUGAGGAGCAAAUUCAAGAAAUAGAGAGUGACCAUAAUUGCAGUCCCAGCAGAACAAGCCCCUCCAUGGAGAAGGACAACAACAACAAUGAUGAAUAUGAAAACUACGAUGAACUGGUGGCCAAAUCUCUGCUUAACCUGGGCAAGAUCGCAGAGGACGCCGCUUAUCGGGCCAUGACCGAGUCCGAGAUGAACAGCAACUCCUCAAACAGCGCAGAAGAGGAGGAGGAAGAAGAUGAAGAAGAUGAGGAUGAGGAGGGCUCAAGGAAAGGUGAGCUGAGUCUAGAUGUAAACAGUGAUGUGGUAAGGGAGACUGUGGACUCUCUAAAGCUCCUGGCGCAGGGUCACGGAGUCACGCUCUCAGAAAACCUCCACGGACAGCCGUUUCAUGAUGAUGGGAGCGAGAACACGGACUGCGAUCUAAACGGAAAUGGAUCCACUGGUAAUGGACUCAGUGGUAAACCCACCACUAAUGGUCAGAUGGCAGAGAAAAGUGACGAGGAAGUUUGUCUGAGCAGUUUGGAGUGUCUUCGCAACCAGUGCUUUGACUUGGCACGCAAGCUAAGCGAGACCAAACCAGCCGAGCGGCUCAUCAGUAACCAGCAGGAGAUUCAUCAGCUUUAUCAGGAGGCCCAGCAGCAGCAGCAGCAGCAGCAUCAGAGUCCUGAGGAGUCCCGCGUCCUCGAGCGGAAUUACUCUGACAUGGUCAACCUGAUGAAGCUUGAGGAGCAGCUCAGCCCAUGCUCCAAGACUUUCUCCAGCUGCGCCGCAGAGCACAAGGGCUUCCAGGACUGCGAUGAAGACACCACCUCCGUCACGUCGGACCGCUCAGAGGACGUUUUCGACAUGACAAAAGGCAACCUGUCACUGCUGGAGAAGGCCAUAGCGCUGGAAACGGAGCGGACCAAAGCGUUGCGGGAAAAAAUGGCUUCGGAAGCAGUCAGGAGAGAUAGACUGCAUUUGCAUGAGGAUGGUUUGAGGCACAGCUAUGCGGAGGAGCGGAAGGCGCGUCUGCACCAUGAUGGCCUAAAGAAGCCCUACUACCUUAAAGAUUCUUCACGGUCGGGGAAAAAGGAGAGCCGGUGUCCAACGCCUGGGUGUGACAGCACAGGUCAUGUGACGGGUUUGUACCCGCACCAUCGCAGCCUGUCUGGAUGCCCUCAUAAAGACAGAGUCCCGCCAGAAAUUCUUGCAAUGUAUGAAAAUGUUCUUAAGUGCCCUACGCCUGGCUGCACGGGCCGGGGUCACGUCAACAGCAACAGGAACUCUCACAGGAGCCUGUCGGGCUGUCCAAUAGCGGCUGCAGAGAAGCUGGCCAAAGCCCACGAGAAACAUCAGUCAUGUGAUGAAGGCAAAUCCAACCAGGCUUCAGAUCGUGUGCUCAGGCCCAUGUGCUUCGUCAAACAGCUGGAGAUUCCACAGUACGGCUAUAAAAACAACGUGCCCACUUCAACCCCACGAUCCAACCUGGCCAAAGAGUUAGAGAAAUACUCCAAAACCAACUUUGACUACAACAGCUAUGACAGCACCAACAUCUACAGCAAACGGCACACUGCUGCACUCAAAGUCCACAGUCGGGACACACUGCCCAAGACUGAUGAUGUGAAGCGCUACUGCAAGAGCUCCAGUUCGGCGAGCAGCACCACCAGCAGCUAUGGGCCCAGCAGCAGCAGCCUGAGCUGUGGAGGAGGAGGAGGAGCGAGCAGCGCCAGCAGCACCUGCAGCAAGAGCAGCUUCGACUACACACACGACAUGGAGGCGGCGCACAUGGCUGCUACCGCCAUCCUCAACCUCUCCACCCGCUGCAGAGAGAUGCCCCAGAGCCUGAGCGGGAAAGCCCUGGAGAUCUGCACGCAGUCUGAUGAUCUGGAUCCCUUCCAGGACAUUUUAGAGGACAGCGCGUACACUACUGAUGUCGGCAUUCCCAAUCCCAAACCAAAAUUUCCUCCUUGCAAAGAAAGCAAAAAGGACCUGAUAACAUGUCCAACACCAGGGUGUGAUGGGAGUGGUCACGUAACCGGUAAUUAUGCCUCGCAUAGAAGUCUUUCAGGCUGUCCUUUAGCAGAUAAAAGCAUUCGGAGUAUGAUGGCCACCAACUCACAAGAACUCAAGUGCCCGACCCCGGGCUGUGACGGCUCGGGACAUAUCACUGGCAACUAUGCUUCACACAGAAGUUUGUCAGGAUGUCCACGGGCUCGGAAGACUGGAAUAAAGAUAACACACAGUAAAGAGGACAAGGAAGACCAGGAGCCGAUCAGGUGUCCAGUCCCUGGUUGUGACGGUCAGGGUCACAUAACGGGCAAAUAUGCGUCACACCGCAGCGCGUCAGGCUGCCCUCUAGCGGCCAAACGACAGAAGGACAGCUAUAUCAAUGGAUCCCAGUUCACAUGGAAGGCUGGGAAGACGGAUGGCAUGUCGUGUCCCACUCCAGGCUGUGACGGCUCUGGACAUGUCAGCGGCAGUUUCCUGACCCACAGAAGUCUCUCUGGUUGCCCACGUGCCACGGCAGCAAUGAAGAAAGCCAGACUAUCAGGAGUGGAGAUGCUCACAAUAAAACAGCAAACAAGCAAUGGUUUAGACUGUGACGCAGAUGUUAAACAGCUGGAUGAAGACAUUAAAGAUUUAAAUGAAUCAAAUUCACAGGUGGAAGCGGAUAUGAUCAAACUUAGAACACAGAUUACCACAAUGGAGUCUAAUCUGAAGUCCUUAGAGGAAGAAAACAAGAAAUCACUUCACAAAGAGUCUCCGGCUAGACAUAACAGCUGUUUACAUCAGAGAGAGCCGAUGAGCGAACAGAACUUUGACGCAUACGUGACCACGCUAACGGACAUGUACACGAAUCAAGAUCACUAUCAGAGUCCAGAGAACAAGGCCCUGCUAGAAAAUAUAAAACAAGCGGUACAAGGCAUUCAAGUCUAGCAUCUCAGAACGUUCCUAAAACA